CGGGCCAUUGUUGCUUUAAAUCUUCACAGCUAUGGAAGUGGGAGGAACCCUUGGGGUAAUCUAAAACCAGAAUAUCUGGAAAAGAGAGGCUUUGUUGAGGCCCACAUGGAUGAUGGCCUGCUCGAGAUAUUUGGCCUAAAGCAAGGGUGGCAUGCAUCACUUGUUAUGGUUGAACUUAUAUCUGCAAAGCACAUCGCACAGGCUGCAGCAAUUAGAUUAGAGAUCAGAGGCGGUGAGUGGAAAGAUGCAUAUAUGCAAAUGGAUGGGGAACCAUGGAAACAGCCACUGAACAAUGAGUAUUCAUCAUUUGUGGAGAUAGAGAGAGUGCCUUGGCGGUCACUUAUUAUAAAUGGGGAAUGAGCAUUUUGAUAUAUUGGGCCAGGGGCCUUCAGCAACAUAAAUGGCAUCUUUCUAAAAGAAAGCAUGUUGGUUGAACGAUCACUCUGUGUCCAGUUGUGCAGUUCAGUCGGCCAGGUCCGACUCAUGAUUGAAUAAGUGGGUGCCUGCUUGUAAUUUAUAUUUUUUUCUGUUCAUAAAUCUAAUAUAUUCAGUGCUAGUGUAAAAACUGGAAUGUUGAUUCCAAAGGGGCUUCAAUUCUCCAUUCCAAAAGGAAGCUGUAAGAAAUUUAGUAACAGUUGGCAUCAAUGAAUGCCAAAUCAAAUGUUUGGUUGGAAGGAA